AUGACGCUCCUAUUUUCGUGCGCGUACUUGGUCUUCGGUGUAGUACUGUACGGCCGUUCCGUGCGCGUCUGCACGGAUCCUGGCAACGCGGCAUUUCUGCCUAGCGUCGGUGUGAAGAAUCGCGGCGACCACGCCCGCGCAGCGUCCCCAUUUGACGAGGCGGAGGUGCGGAAGGUCAAUCCGCCCCUUCCGCCGCCGCCGCCGCGCGAACCGGCACAGUAUGUGCUGGAUGACGCGCUGUCAGCGUACCGUUACGCCAACUUCGCCCAGAAUGGCCCAACGACGCGCCAUUUAGCGUGCCUGCCGUUCACCGAGGUGCGCUACCAAGACAAGGGGUCGCUGGUUCCGUUCCGAGGGGUGGACGAAGUGGUCUCUUGCUACAGUAACAAGCUGGUUACGCUGAUAAGCAACUUCCGUGAGUGGACUUGCGCGUUCAACCCGAGCGGCGAUGGGUUGUUGGACUUGUCGCUCUACAACCCGCUGAGCACGGGCAGCUACUAUGCUGUGGUCUUCUACUGCGCAUGGCAGCGUGAGUCCAUAGCGCUCAAGCGCGCCAUACACCAGCUGGCAGGACGGUAUACAUUUGCGCGUGACCCGCCUGUCGUUCACGGCAAGAAACCGAAGGAAAAGCUGGACGACCUGCUGACGAGGCUCGACGAGGUGAAGCAGCGCCACGAUGAGCUGGUUGCGGAGGCCCGCUCCAGCGGCCUGCCCGAUCCGCCACGCCCGCCGCUGGUCGAGCCGGAGCGCGUGACGCUGACCAUGCGGUCGCAUAAUGCAGCGGAGCUGUCGCGGAUUUUGGAGGUGCUGCACGACCGCUACAGCUACCGCUGGUGGAUGCCGCACGUCGGCAAGCUGAAGUACAACAAGGUGUUCUGCCGCGCGUACAACGAGCUGUACAAUACCAGCUACCGGAAGGUGCGUUCCGAGAGUUCGCGCCUUAAAUACAAGCUGAGCGACACCGGCCGCCGUGACGUGGAACCGGCGACCAGUACCCAGCGAAGCCCUCAGGUGGACGGUGGUCGCAAUUUGACACGCGUGAACCUGAUCCUGGUGCGUCUGGCCAACUCGUUGAUGCUGUCGAAUUCACGACGCGGCCUUCAGCGCAUGCGCAGCGCCGCCAAGGGCCACGAAAAGGAGAUGCACUUCAACGAAAUCGCGAUGCGCCUGCUGCUGAACAUGGGCGUCUUGUACAAGGACAUGCCGCUAAUAUGCCUGUACAAGUGCACGAAUCCAGUGGACGAGAUAGCGCCAGUCUUUGCACGGAAGAGCCACAAAGCGUUGCCGUUCAGCGACUACCCGCCCUUCUACAGACCGGACCCGUUCGAGAUUGCGCGAGGGGUUCUGUACGGACUGCCCACACUGCGGAAGGUCAGCCACCUCGCUAUCCCGUCGGACUUCGCGUGCCUUGGCGGCAUUCGCGGGUUGGCCAACCUCGAUAAGCCGCCCAGCGUCGACGAGAUCCUGGGCGAAGUGGACGCGAGCCUGCACUGCGACUUCCAGCGACUGCUGCAGCCUCUCGAAAAGGGCGAACCGGCCGACGCGUCGGACGUGGAUCGCCUCGCACCGUUCCUCUCCACAUUGGAGGUGCUGUACAAGCUAAACCUGCGGCAGUACAUCGACGCGCAGCCCGUGCCCGUCGUGUACCGCUUCCUCAACCCCUGA